CAUUCCCAGGGGUCGAACUAUUUCUUCACGCCUCUUUACUGUCAUCUGGUUUAAGUUUUAAGAAUCCCGAAAAGAGAAUUAAGAAAUUUUGUGGAGCUAAAAGUUUAAUUUAUUUGCCUCUAUGUCUUCUGUGAGUAAAAAGAGGCGAUUAUAAGAAGGGAGAGGAGGAGGGAACUAGCGGUUGCGGCGGACUUCCGGUUCCGCCCCCAGUCUGCUUCCGGAAGCUCCUCUCAAAAUGUUGAACUGCUCUUGGGAAGUCGCCGGUUCUGUGGUGGUUGGAGUCUGUUCUCGGGCCUGAGCCUCGAGGCCAGGCUCCUGGGUGUUGUUAAUGUUCGGGGCCGCCGGGCGCCAACCGAUCGGAGCUCCAGCCGCCGGGAACAGCUGGCAUUUCAGUAGAACCAUGGAAGAACUGGUUCAUGAUCUUGUCUCAGCACUGGAAGAGAGCUCAGAGCAAGCUCGAGGUGGGUUUGCUGAAGCAGGAGACCAUUCUCGAAGUAUAUCUUGUCCACUGAAACGUCAGGCAAGGAAGAGGAGAGGGAGAAAACUGAGGUCGUAUAACGUGCAUCACCCGUGGGAGACUGGUCACUGCUUGAGUGAAGGCUCUGAUUCCAGUUUAGAAGAACCAAGCAAGGACUAUAGAGAGAAUCACAAUAAUAAUAAAAAAGAUCAUAGUGACUCUGAUGACCAAAUGUUAGUAGCGAAACGCAGGCCAUCAUCAAACUUAAAUAAUAAUGUUCGAGGGAAAAGGCCACUGUGGCAUGAGUCUGAUUUUGCUGUGGACAAUCUCGGGAACAGAACGCUGCGCAGGAGAAGAAAGGUAAAACGCAUGGCAGUAGACCUCCCACAAGACAUCUCUAACAAACGGACAAUGACCCAGCCACCUGACGGUUGUAGAGACCAGGACAUGGACAGUGAUAGAGCUUACCAGUAUCAAGAAUUUACCAAGAAUAAAGUCAAAAAAAGGAAGCUGAAAAUAAUUAGACAAGGACCAAAAAUCCAAGAUGAAGGAGUAGUUUUAGAAAGUGAGGAAAUACACCAGACCAAUAAGGACAAAAUGGAAUAUGAAGAGCAAAAAGUCUCAGAUGAGCUCAUGAGUGAAAGUGAUUCCAGUAGUCUCAGCAGCACUGAUGCUGGUUUGUUUACCAAUGAUGAGGGAAGACAAGGUGAUGAUGAGCAGAGUGACUGGUUCUACGAAAAGGAAUCAGGCGGAGCAUGUGGUAUCACUGGAGUUGUGCCCUGGUGGGAAAAGGAAGAUCCUACUGAGCUAGACAAAAAUUUACCAGAUCCUGUCUUUGAAAGUAUCUUAACUGGUUCUUUUCCCCUUAUGUCGCAUCCGGGCAGAAGAGGUUUCCAAGCUAGACUCAGUCGCCUUCAUGGAAUGCCUUCAAAGAAUAUUAAAAAGUCUGGAGGGACUCCAACUUCAAUGGCUACAAACUGGACCAGUGAGAUUCCCCUAUAAACCAAAUCUUCUAAUGCUAUUAAAUUAGUUACGUUUUGAACAUCUGGGGAAUGACAUUCGAGGGAACCUGGCUCCUGUCCUCUUCCCUGGAGGAAUAUCACUGAAGUGAGAGCCUCUUUGAUGAAAAGAUGGGGCUGUUUUUGCUGGAGGACUGGUAUUCUUCCUUUUAGUCAGAAGUGAACCUGAUUGGGGAGGCUUUCUAGGGAUUUAGGUUGGCCCAGGGUGGAUAGAAACUGCUGUAAAUUUUAUAUAUUUUUCUCUUUUAUGAUUUUUACAUUGAAUCCAUUUAUGUAUUAUUUGCUUUGCCAAAAUGCUAACAAAAGCUAGAAAAUUAAAAGCUUCCAGAUCUAACCUAAGUAUUCCUUAAUGUUUAUAUUGUGACUAGUUAAGAAUUAAUUUUUACAUAUCUGACUGUUGUAAAUAAAAAUCAUGAUGCACUUAUAUUUAUGGUUCAAUUUUAGAGAAGUCUUAUAUAACCAGCAUUAUUUAAAAUAUUUGCAUUUUACUCAGGGUAUUUUAACAAGGGCUAAGAUGAGUAGUAGGUAAGGUUGAUGAUCUUGCUGGAGUUUGUAUUUUGUUCAGUUUCCUUUCUACUUGCAUAAUCUGCUCUGUAUUGCAACCUCAUUGUAUUUUAUAGUAUAGUUUUCAUUGUACUUCAAAAAUCAUACUAUUCCCAAACUAGCCACAGUGAUAACUAGUCUGCACAAGUAGAAUCAUUUACCUUUUAAAUUAUUGGCUUUGUCUGAUACCUGAAACACAUCAAAAUUAUUAUUUUGACUUAGCGCUUAAUGAAAUCAUGUGAAAGCUGGUAUUUUAGCAAAUACUGUGUGACUCUGAAUCAUAUUGUCAUGUUUAAAAGUGAGAGCUGCUUGUAUAUCCUUAGAACAGCAGACCAUAUGUGUCACUGUGAGUGUCAGAAAUACUUGCAUGAACUCAUUUUCACCAAGCAGGGGGGAAAUGUAAUGUUUUUGUUGAUGAUAUAAUUUAGAUACUAUACUAAGUUCAGGCCAUUUGAUUUCUUCAAAAUGGUUAUAUUAAAAUGGUUAAUAUUUUUACUAAGCUUUGAUAAUUGAUGAAAACAAUGUGAUUUAAUACAUGUAUUUUUAUAUUAUUGUAUGGAUUGUUAAUUCAGCACUUAAUGGUUUACUUAAAUAUGAUUGGAAAAGAAACUUAAAGUUACCAUUGCCUUUACCUAAGGUUAUUACAAUCUGAAAGAUUUCAACAAAUCUCCUUUUAGAUUGCUUGUCUAAACUGGAGAGAGAUUAAAAAUGGUAAAGUGCAACUUUGAGUCUCUUUACCUUUGCAUAUUUAAGGUGAUAUUUAAAGGUACAAUAAUGUGGUAUUGGUAAUUGUAAGCUUUUUUUAUGCUAUGUCUUUGGAGUGAAAAGUCAUGGUUUUUUCCUGAAUUACAUAAAUGCUUUUAUUUUAUUUUGUAUAAUGACUGUCUUUUAGAUCUGAAUAAGUCACUUUAAAACCUUGGCCUAUGAACUUUGCCUUACCAAUCAUGAAUCUAGAUGAAUGCUAUCUAGUUCUUGGUUCAGUUUUACCUAUUUUUAUUUUUGGUUCACUGCUUGCUUGAGCAUAGCUGGGAUUUGUAGCCCAUUUUCUAGGCUUAUUGCAAUCUCACUGUGGUAUUUUAUAGAAGCUAUUACAACUGAUAGGCUAGCUUCAUGGUAUUGAUGAUACAUGGCUUAACCAUACUAAAAACUGCCUUUCCUCUCUAAAUUGUAAAAAGGUGAUUAAGUUUCACUUGAUGGAGAUAUACUAUAUAUGUGUGUUUAUCAUGGAACUAGUGCAUUAGGCCAUAAACUGUUUUUCUGGUCUACAUUUUUUGUAUUCAAAAUUUUACUGAAGACAAUGGACUCUUUCAGGUCUUUUCUUCUUUCAACCCUGAAUUGUCCUUGUUUAGAUUUUUAACUACUGUAAUUUUUUUUUUCAAUAAAAUCUCUGACUUGGGCAAGAAAGGUAA